AUGUUCUUUACUGACAAUGGUAAGUUGCUUUUAUUAUCGUACGUGCUCAUUUAUUGAUAUAGUACUCAAAAUUAGUACUAAACAAAUUAAUUUUUUAAAAAUUUCAACAGUUUUACAGCAUCUAAACUACAGUAAUAAACGUUAUUUUAAAAUUCUUUCAAAUUUUUUUUUUAAAUUUAAAUUUCAAAAUUUUUUUUUCAGCCCAAAAGUCCGAAAUCCCAGCCACAAUCAUCAUGGGUGAAAACUUCACCUCCAACGGCUUCUCCGCUCAAUGCGGAGUUGUAGCUCCACCUCCACUACCACGAUGCUCUUCAUUCGAGCUACCUCUAACUGAACCAGCUCCAUAUGUUGGUCAUAACUUUGGAAACAGUAGCUCUUGGUGGUAA